GACUCUUCAAGAACUGAAAGAGUAUAUAACAAAAUACGAACCAUUUGAGGAGUCGGAGGUUCCUGAAGCCAACAUUCUACUGAUUGGACAAGUAGGGGCCGGUAAAUCCAGCUUCCUUAAUUCCAUCAACUCAAUCUUCAAGGGAGCGAUAUCAUCUCGGGCAUGCACAGGGAGCGCUGAAAACAGCUUAACUAAAAGUUUUGAAAAACUCCGAAUCCGUGAUCCGACAGCAAAGAAACAUUUGAAGUUCAGGAUCUGCGAUACACGAGGAAUGGAAAAAGCUCUUUCCAUUAAAGAAGAAGAUCUUCGAUUUAUGCUGGAUGGAAAUCUGCCUAAUCAUUACAUUUUCAAUCCAGUUGAUUCUGCGUCCGCAAAAGUUCCAGGUUUUGUCAAAGAUCCAACAUUGAAAGAUCGAAUGCAUGUUGUUGUGUUUGUUAUUGACGGAAGCACAUUAGAUGUUCUUCCGGAAGACACGCUUAAAAAACUCAAGGACUUCAAAACGAUGGUAGUAGACAGGGGUAUACCUCAGUUAGUUUUACUUACCAAAAUGGAUAAGGUAUGUGUAUUUGUCGAGAAGGAUAUCAGCAAUAUGUUUGUGAGCGAAGUUGUAGAGGGCCUGGUGAACAAAGCUGCUGACGUCAUCGGAAUCCCAAGAUCCCACGUACUUCCGGAGAAGAAUUACGAAAAAGAAACACUUCUUAACACAAAUGUAAACAUUCUGGCUCUAGGAGCAUUACGCCAGGCACUCUUGUUCGCUGAUGACUUUCUGGAGAACCAAUUUGAAAUUGAACAAGAAAAUUCAAGAAGCACUGAUUCAUAAACUCUAUUUCGAACGUGUUCAGUAUGCCUUUUUUUAAGAAAAAGACAAAAACGAAAGUGAUUUGAUGUUACAUGUAUUCUUUGCACGUAUUUUCCAGUAUUGUCAUCUAUUAUUUAAACUCAUCUUUAAUCAACAAGUAACCAAAAUGUCAUUUGUGUUUAAAGAAUAUUGCAUGAGUUGUUGAAAUCAAUAUAAUAUGAGAUGUCCCUCCCUGACAAAGUUAAAGUCCAAAUUCUUGUCUCUUUCACUUCCGCGCAUCUGCAACAGCCUUGAUGCUCCUCUACUCUGGGUUUCAGUGUAUUUAUCUUUAUAUAGGUAUAAUUUUAACGACGAUCGCAAGUAGCUGUUAUCGUUUAAGAAACACUUGUUAUUACCUCUUUCUUACAACAAUCCAAACCCCAAGAUCAAGUGGAGCUUCUAUCAGUUUUACAAUUAUUGCAUGCAUUUCUAAUUCAUUGACUAUUGUCGUCUCAUUCUAGAUUUUGUU